AGAAAUGUCAGGGAUGUCGAAUCAGCAUGGGUAUUAUUAUUGUUUUUGCUGUUUUAAGUAGCUUUAUUGGUGGUCAGAUCUAAACAAAAUCCACACAAUUCGUAAGUAAAAUCAGAAUACUAAAUCUGCUCUGGAAAUUUUUUUUUUUAUAUUUUUAAUGGUAUUAUUUCUCAGCAGGUGCGAUUUGUAGUGCGACAACCCUGCCCCAUUUGACAGCUCGUCCCAUCUUCGACCAAAAGUGGUGCUCAAAACAAAUUCGACAAGUAUCGUGCAAGGAAGAAUACCUCCUCCAGUGUUUUGGUGUGUCUUAUCAGACCAUUUGCUUCCGAAUUCCUGUGCCCGUUUCGUUUACAAAGGAAAACGGCACUCGUAUUACUCGGUGGCAAGCGGCCAACUUCCCCAUUGACGCUGAUAAAUAUGUUAGCUUGAACGGAGUUUCGCCACCAAAAACCUUGCCGUACGCGGAUAGGAAUUGAUUAGGAAAUAUUGACCUUCAGUGAAACGGAUACGGUGAGAGUGUGCAGCAAAGAAAGGUGGGCUUCUGAAGUGGGUGUAGUUUUUCCCCCCUCGUGUUGCCUUGAAACUAGCGUGUACUAGCAGCAACGAGCAAAGGCGUCGUGCAGGUGGCUUUCGGCGGAGGGGACAAUCGACAACGACGACGCAUUUGCACACCUUGCAUAACGACAACAACGGUCUUGCAAGCGCUCCCGGAGCGCAACGGUGGUGGUGGUGGCGCACGGAAACGGAUUAAGGCACCAGCUCACGGUAGCGGAUUCGAUAAAAUCGAUGGCUUUAGAUUUGCUCGGUCGUCAGAAAAUGCCCCUGGAUGGUGCCUCGUCGAAGCAACCCGCCGUUGCCACAUCCUCGGUUAGCGGAGGUGCAACCGGGGUUAGCACCGCUGCGGGUGGGAGUGGCCCGGCUGGUGGUGUCGGGGUUGGGGUAGGAGGCAGUACCCCGGGACCGGGUGUGGCUGGUGCAGCGGCCGGGGGUGUCAGCGGUGCGUCCGUCAUGGGCAAACAACUGACCGCGAAACGGUCGCUGAAGCUGGGCAGUUUGGCCGAAGACAUAAUGCCUGGCGCGCUGGGAGGUGGCGAAGAACCGUUCCGUGCCCGGCUGCAUCAUUUGUUUUCGCAGAUCGAGAAGGAGUUCGAAUUACUGCAUGUGGAGAACAUGAGCCUGCGUGAAAAGUUGGAAGCAGUUGCUGGGACGCCGCGCGAUUCAACCGUCGGCGAGAGGCUGCCGCUGCAGGACGCAUUCGAGGUGGACGGGUCGGUCAACAAGAGCUUCAAAUCGAAGCUUGGCAGUGCGGGUAGCAAAGUGAAGGCCGGCCACAAAUUGCGCGCCCAGACCAGUCGCAUCGUGUCAAGCUUCAAGGCCCAGUCGGUCGUCAGUUCGCUGGUGCGCGAAUUUUGCGGCCACAAGGAUGGCGUAUGGCAGGUCAGCACGAAGGCUGGCCAGCCCAUCAUCGGCACCGCGUCGGCCGAUCACAGCGCGUGCAUUUGGGGUAUCGAUACGGGGCGCUGUCUUCUGCAGUACCAGGGCCACAGCGGUUCGGUCAACUCGAUCAAGUUUCAUCCGACGCGUGACAUUGUGCUGACGGGCAGUGGAGACGCCACCGCACAAAUUUGGCAGGCCGCCGUCAACUGGGAGGUGCCCGCCCGGAAGGGCCAUUCGUCGGAGGAGGAGCUCGAAGAGGAGGAGGAAGGACCGUACGAGGAGAAGGAAAGAAUCGAUGUGCUGCGGACACCGUUGUGUGAAUUUUCCGGUCCGGGCGGACACACAGCGGUGGUGGUAGCGGCCGAUUGGCUACCGGGCGGAGAUCAGGUCAUAACGGCCAGCUGGGACAGGACGGCGAUUCUGUGGGACGUGGAAACGCGGGAACCGUUGCAUCCACUGUGCGGUCACGAUCACGAGCUGACGCACGUGUCGGCCCAUCCGAGCCAGCGACUCGUGGUGACGGCUUCACGCGAUUCCACCUUCCGGCUGUGGGAUUUCCGUGAUCCCAUUCCGGCGGUUUCAGUUUUCCAAGGACACACAGAAAAUGUAACCUCAACAGUAUUCACACGCGACGAUAAGGUAGUGUCCGGAUCGGACGAUCGCUCAGUAAAGGUGUGGGAGCUGCGCAACAUGCGGUCCGCGCUUACCACCAUCCGCACCGAUUCGGCCGUUAAUCGGUUGGCCGUGUCGGCCAGCGGAGUGAUCGCCAUCCCGCACGACAACCGACACAUUCGAUUGUUCGACCUGAACGGACAGCGCAUUGCCCGGUUACCGCGCACCAGUCGCCAGGGCCAUCGGCGCAUGGUAUCGGCCGUCGCCUGGACCGAGGAUAUCAGCUCGAACUGUAACCUGUUUUCGAGCGGGUUCGAUCGGCGCGUUCUGGGCUGGGGCGUUUGCCUACCACCCAAAGACAACUGAGCAAAUUAGGGUGUACAUUACGACGGGUAGUAGGAACGGGGGCUGGGAAAGGGAUUUGGAUUUUUUCGUUGUCUCGUUCGUUACGUUGUUUUAGUUUAAUAAUUGAUAAUAAUGGUUGUUUUCUUUUUGUCGCCACCAAACAACUUAGUCAUUAGAGGUACGACACGACGGUACAGCCGGAUCCCAGUGAUGCCGUUGCAAAGCGAAGGAAUUGUGUAACAUGUUGGGUUCGAGGGAUCGAUAUUCGCUAGUGAAAGUAAUUGGUUUGUUGCAUACCUUUCUUUUGCAGCGACGGUCCGCUGUACAGUGAGCUCAAGAAGUAUUCGUCGUGCUGCAUUUUUUACUUCAAAACGAACGAUUAGAUUUGAUGGAGUGAACCAGUAGAAUAGUUCAAAAACGAUGCUUAAGUUAGGGAAGUCCAGAAUCAGUUAUUUUGCGCCCAUGAGAUUUGGAAUCUAGCUGGAACAUAUAGAACAAUCGUUAUCUGACGUUCUAUGCACUAGGGGAACACCCCAAGUUUAAAAAUUUUGUGACACAUAUCUCGCUAUAUCAUAUGCAAUGACUCCCAUCAAUGACUCCAAUACAAUGACGGAAGCUUCAUCGUGCUUCACUACCGAUUUGAGGAAUUACAUCCGUAUCUCCGUUUUGCUGAAUUAAGUCCAGUCCGUCUUUGUGGCUGAUGUUACUUACCCAAAACGUCCUGCUAGUUACUCCUGCAUCGGAAUUUUGAAACCAACCAGGGUCCAUCUUGACUUGUACAACAACAAUGGCACAAAUUGUGGAUGUGCCUGGCACAAAUGAUUCGGAAGCGAUCAAUAAAUCACUUCACUUUGGAACGGGACUCGCCCACUCAACAGAAUUUGAUGAAUCAUCUAUCAAACCUUAAAUCAGUUAUGCCUGAUACCCUACGGCGUUUACAGUAAAAUAUGCGCCCGACGAACACUUUUUGAAUUCGAUGGAUAUAGUCGAAAACCCCGCACAUCUCGGAACUGGGAAUCCCAACAUCUCAUCUAUAUUUUAACUAGCCUCAGUUUGGGUGGAAUUUUUUGAGGGGCUUUUCGUGGGGAAGUGAGGGAACGGGUACAUUGGGUUAGUUCAGUGUUAAGGAAGGAUGCGUAUUAUCAUCUAAAACGAUAAGCAGGCACAAGAGGAGAGCCAAGAACGAAUCAUCUUCACCUGUCCUAUGGACGACAAUACUAAGGAGUCCGUUAAUUUUAUCGCUUAUAUGUAUUAAACGGUUUAAAGGAUGCCGCCGGUUGCCGUUUAGUGGAAAGAGUGGAGCAUUUGUGGGAUAGUGAAGAGGGCGUCAAGCAAGUUACUCAAUACCAAAUGUAUGUACGACAGCACCGGUACUCAAUUCGAAUGUAAUACUAUUGUGAUGUAAAGAGAGUUGAAGCAUACACACGAAACACACUCGGUGAGAAGGAAACACUACUAUCAACUAA